CUUGCUAACAAACAUAAUCCAUUUCCCUAGAAGCCCAAGACAUUCAACAUUCUUCACAAAUUUCAUCACCUAAAAAGUUUUUCAAAAUCUCCCUUUUUAGUUACUUUCAUUGAUCCUCAAAGAUGGGUAUCCAAUUGAUCGGACUAUCUCAAGCAAAGCAAAAGCUUCAAAGAAGCUUAUCGGCAAGAAUCGCAAGUCUCUUGGCUUCGUCGGGUACUAAUAAUGUCCCAAAGGGUCAUGUGGCCGUCUAUGUGGGGGAGACUUAUCAAAUGAAGAGAUUUGUGAUACCCAUAUCGUAUCUAAACCAUCCACUGUUCCAAGGUUUGUUGAACCUCGCGGAAGAAGAGUUCGGGUUCGACCAUCCCAUGGGAGGUCUCACCAUCCCUUGCACUGAAGAUUACUUCACUGCUCUAGCUUCGAUUCUAAGUGGUUCAUGAUAAGGGAGCUCACUGAUCAUCACAACAUUCAUUAGGUUUCUUUAUACAAAUCUUUGUGUUUCUCUUAAAAUGUAUUUUAAGGGGAGAGAAAAUAACUCGAGACUGAGAUA